AGCGCUCACCGCGGCGGGUGAGCGACAAGCGCCCACAUCCGCUUCAGUCCAACCCGCCAGACGUGUGCGUUCCCCGGGGGAAGAUGCGCGUCAAGAGUCCGACCGGAUCGGAGUGGAGUUAAGGAGAGUCCACAGGUGGAAAGUUAUUUGGACGGAGCGGACAGGUGCCUUCUCUACCUUACCUUCCUCACCGCCCUCGCCCCUCAACCGAGCCAUGCUGUGGACACGGUGGCUUUUGUUGCUGAUCUGCUGGGGGACCACCAGCGGCCAGUAUCAGCAGUGGCAGCCCGAGGAGGGUGACUCGUCCCCGGCUGCGGUGCGAGCGGACUCCCGCCGGCAGCGGUCGCCUCCGCCGGUGGAGCCGCUGGAUUUUGGCUUCGUCCCCGCGGCUGUGUACGACACACACGCGUACUACGAAGCAGGGGCCAUCGGGAUCCUCUUCCACAUGGUCCACGCCUUUCUCUACGUUAUUCAACCCAACUCCUUCCCGAAAGAUCUGAUUGUUCAAGUCAUUCAGCAAAACAUGGGAGGAAUUAAACUAGAAGAAUGGAAAAAGCCAGAAAACGUGGUCCUCCUGCUGCAGUGGGUGUACUACGAGGCCGGGUUCCUGGUGUGCGCGACCAUCGGCAUCGUCUUUGUGGUCCUCGUCCCUGUGUUGGGCAUGUGCUUCUGCGUGUGUCGGUGCUGCGAGAACUGCGGCGGCGAGAUGCACCAGAGGCAGAGGAAGAACGCCGACUGCCAGCGAGGUUUCUUCACUGCCUCGCUCGUUGCCACCACCAUCUUCAUCAUUAUGGGGGUGCUCAUCGCCUACAUGGCCAACCACAACAUCAGCUCCCACAUCAAGAGCACCCGGCGCUUCAUAAACACCAACAUGAGGGACCUGCGGACGUUUGCCAACAACACGCCUGCGCAAAUUGAAUACCUGACAGCGCAGUACACCACGGCCAAGAACAAAGUCCUGUCUGAGCUGGACAACGUUGGACCGUUGCUGGGCGGGAGGAUUCACAGCCAACUGGAGAAGGAGGUGGUUCCCUCCCUGGACACCGCCCUGCGAAUGGCAGGAGCUAAAGUUGAGAAUGCAGUCAAAGCCAUGCGGGAGACCAAGGAGGCCCUGGAGAGCGUCAGCUCCUCCCUGCAGGUCCUUCAAGAAGGCACGGAGAAGCUCAAGGACAGCCUGGUCGGAGAGCGAGCGUCGCUGUCCAACACUUUGUCCGACCCGGCCUGCACCAACGGCGCCGUGUCUCCCAGCUGCAAUGCCAUCCGCUCCACGCUCUUCCAGCUGGGGAUCAACGCCGACUUCUCCAAGCUCCCAGAUGUCAACCACGCCUUGGCGAAUGUCGAUACUGUCCUGAAGACAGACCUCAGCAACGUUGUGCAAAAGGGCUACUCAUCCUUCAAUGACACGCCAAAGCUGGUCAAAGAGCAGACCAGAAACAUUGUGUCAGCACUACCUCGAGUGAAAGCUAUGCUGGAUAAGAUCGGAUCGGAGAUCAACAGCUUCGCCAAGAUGUUUCCGGUGGAAGCGUCUCUGGUCAACUUCACCACUUUCCUCCACGACGGACAGAAGAAGAUUGAGUCUUAUUACGCACAGAUUGACCAGAUGGAUUUCUACAGGUGGAUCGGCUGCGUGGCGGUGCUCUGCAUGGUGGUCCUCAUCCUGGCCUUCAACGUCCUGGGUCUGCUCUGCGGCGCGUGCGGCUAUGACAAGCAGGCCACGCCCACCACCCGCGGCUGCCUGUCUAACACGGGAGGAAACCUGCUGAUGGCCGGGGUGGGCUUCUCCUUCAUCUUUGCCUGGGUGCUGAUGGCCAUCGUGACCACGCUCUUUGUUGUCGGGGGCAACCUGGAGAAGCUGAUGUGCGAGCCGCUGGCCAAUCGGCAGUUCUUCAAGAUCAUAGACACGCCUUUCCUGGUCCAUCCGGCCAAGAAGAACUUCCUUCCUGGGAUGCUGUUUCAGAACCCAAACAUUGACUUAACCCUGGGCAGCAUGUACAGGGAAUGCUACGAGAACAACGGCCUGUAUCACGCGCUGCAGCUGGAGACCAUGUUCAACGUCAACUCCUUCCUCAACAGAACUGUGUACAACAAGGAUGUGGCCAAAGUGCUGGAGGGCGUGCAGGUGGACCUGCAGGACAUCACCCUGCUGGAGCAGGCCGGCAGAGACAGCCUCAUCAACUUUGCCAACUCGGGGAUCGGACUCAUCGACUACGAAGCAUACUUGGCUGAGGUCAACAGGGGCGUCACACUGGUGGAUCUUCUCACCUUCUCCACUGACUUGGAAGCACAGGCCGACCAGCUGCCACGUGGCGCACUGGAGAACGCCCUGAAAGGUCACGCCAGCAGUAUCAGACAGAUUCACAGAGAACAUGUCAUCCCCAUGGAGCAAGCCGUGAAAUACGUGCGUGCGAGGAGCACCUUGAGUCAAAGUAUCAAGCUGCUGCAAAGAACCUCCAGCGACCUCCCGGUCAAGGUCACCAACAUCCUGAGCGCCAUCGACGCGUCCGAAUACCUCAUCACUCACAACGCCUCGCAUGUGGUCAAGCAGGAAACAAAAGGCUACGUGGAAAGCUUGGUGGGGUACUUCAAACAGUACACGGACUGGGUGCAGAACUCUCUGACUGCAGAAGUGGCGCAGUGUAAACCCAUCAGCAACAUUGUGGACAGCAUGGAGAUCGUAGCAUGCAGUUUCAUCGUAGACUCGGUGAACACGUUCUGGUUCGGUCUGGGAACGUGCAGCUUCCUCUUGAUCCCCAGCAUCAUCUUCUCCAUCAAACUGGCCAAAUACUACAGGAGGAUGGACACGGAGGACGUCUUUGAAGACUCGCCCUUUUCUGACACCCUGACCCGAUUCCCCCGAGCCUCCGCCCCUCCGAGCCGCCUUGGCUGGUGAUGCAAAGUGACGCCGCCUCCUUCAAGAGCGGACAUGAGACCUGGAACUGAAGCCGUCCUUCACAGUAAAAGCGCUUGUUUCUUCAGGACUCAAACAAGAAAGCCCAUUCACCGCCUCGCCGCCCCUUUCUGACUUGGACUCUCCAUUUCCCGGAUCCUUGCAGUUUUCCUCUUCAAGUUGCCAUUGAAAGAUUCCACAACCAAAAGGGAAGGAAGUCCAAAACAAUGUGGAGCUGUAAAGUUGUGAACGCACCCCCAUGUGGCCCGUCAGACCACGCCAGCAUCAAUUAUAAUAAUACUAAUACAAUAUUUAUACAGUCAUACAGUAUAUACUUCCAUGUAUCCACUCACACGUGUACAUUUUUUAUAUAUUUGUUUUUCUAAAACAUUUCUUUGUAGAGAUGAGAUAGAAUGUCUGUCUUUUCUGUGAGAGCAUAGCCAGCUAGCUUGCUAGCAUCAUUCAGGCUCAGUAGAUGACGUACUUAGUUUUUAUAAGAUUAGUUUGGGGGAGAGAUGACUUUUUUCUGCCAAUGUUUCAUUUUUACGCUGCUGUCAGAUAUAGAAUAUUCAAGAAUAUGAAAGUAGAACCAUGCGAUCCACUUUAGAUUAGCUUAGCUUAUUGUAGCAUAAAGGACACUUCAAAAGCUCAUUAGAUAAUAUUGGGUUUGCGUAGAAACAUCAUUUUUUUUGGACAAAUGCAACAAAAGAAAGAAAGAAACAAUAGAAAUAUGAGCUCACCCCAACGUUUGUCAUGAUAAAACCUUAGGGAACGUUGUGAGCAGCGUGUUAGCAUGGUUAAUUAUCGCAGCUGUACGGGGCACUGUUGUGAAUAUGAAUUAAAAACGUUUGGUCUGUUUUUGUCGUGAGCAUUUUCCUUUUUGGCUUUGGGUUAA